AUGCCUUGCGCCGUCGGGCAAGUGGCUUGGCAGGUCGUUCAAGUAUCAAACAAAGGAGACAAACAAGUAGAUGUUGAGUUCGUUAAAGAAGAAAAACCGCAAGAAGAUGAGGGUUUAGAGCAGACACAAACUGAUGAUUUGAAGGUUGCGGGGCUGUUUGAGUUGGUGGGGGUUGGGGGUUUGGCGCGUCGUUUGCUUUCGGUGAAGAACGAAGGAGAUAUUGCUUUAAGGGUUUAUGUAACAGUGCAGCAGCAGCAGCAGCAGCAGCAGCAGCAGCAGCAGCAACAGGGGGGAGGGAGCAUGCAGGCCUUGCUGCAGCAAGAGCAUGCGGAGGCAGCAGCAGCAGCAGCUGCUGCUGCUGCACCGCAGCAGCAAAGAAGAAUUCAUAUUUAUAAAAUAAAAAAGGAGACAGCAGAAGAUAACAAACAAAGCGUAGAAGCAGACAAAGGAGACACCACAGCAGCAGCAGCAGCAGCUGCUGCUGCUGCUGCUGCUGCUGCAGCAAAAACAGACAAAAACAAACAAAUAAAAGCAGCAACAGAGACAGAUAAAGAGACAGAUAAAGAGACAGAUAAAGAGGCAGAUAAAGAGACAGAUAAAGAAAGCAAGAGAGAGAGAAAGGAGACAGAUAAAGAGACAGAUGAAGAGAUAAAAGAAAAGCUGUCUCCAAACGCAAAACAGCUGAAGGAGACAAACAAAAUAAACAAAAAAGCAAACAGCGCAACUACAGUUGCAAACAAAAGCCGCAAAAAUUACUUCAUACAACUCGGAGACGUCGAUAAAGCAACAAACAGCUCAUCGGAGGAGCUGAGUUUAGUUUUAGGUGCGAGAGAGACACACAAUUUGUCUCUCUUCUUCAAACCCCACAGAGAAGGCCCUUAUGAAGCAACUUUGCUGCUGCGAGCAGAGAUACUUGUGGCAAUAUCAAAUCCAACGCAUGCAGAUGUGCGUUACCGCGUGGCUUGGAGAUCUGUCUCUGUCUCUGCUUUUGACGAAAUAAAAGAGACAACAAAGGAGACAGUAAAAGAGAAAGUAAAGGAGACAGAAGAAAGAGAAGGGCUUCCUGCUGCAGUGCUUGAGGUGUAUAAAUCAGAAGAGACGCUUGCUAGCUGCUGCUGCACCAAGUUAAAGUUUGCUGUCUCCACAUUAAACCCAGGAAAGUUUUGCUUCGAGGUCAUGCUGCUGCUGCAGCAGCAGCAGCAGCUAGAAGAGACAGAAGAAGACGCAGCAGAAGAAAAGGAGACACAAGGAGGAGACACAGAGGAGACAGACGAUGAUAUACAAACCUCUUCGUCUCUUCUUUUAUCUCGCUUUGUUGUUUCUGGAGAUGUUCUUCUACCUAAGAGGAGACAGGCGCUGGAGUGUCUGCCUUCUAUCUGCUGCAACUGUGGGGUGUACGAAGACGAUCCCACCGAUCCCGGGAUCGGUGGGAUCGUCUCCUCCCGCCUCCUCCUCACCUUCUAUAACCCAGGAGACACCCAAGCAGAUAUUAAUCUCCUUACAGAAAAAUUCUUUAAAGUAGAGGCACUGCCAGUCUGGAUGCAAGAGGAAGAAGAGGAGAAGGGCCCUGAAGUGUUAGUGAAGCCUUCGAAGUUGCGUCUGGGGCCGAAGGCAUCUAAAGAAGUGCUGCUGCAGGUGGUGCAUGCAAAGAAGGAGACAGCAGCAAAGGAGACAGUAGAAAAGGAGACAGGAGUUGGCUCCGGUUGUUGUGGGGAGCGAAGAGGGGUGCAUGCAGUUAAUCGAGGUGAAGAACAUCAGCAGCAGUUCUUUAUAUUUUGA